AGGCGGUGCAGUUUCCUCCGGCACUUUCUUUGUUUUUCCACCUCUCGCCCGUUGCCCGUGAUCUCUAUCAUAUACGGUGGCUGACAGUUUUUUUUUAAAAAAAAACAUUUUAUGAUGGCGGAGGACAGUGAAUCCGCGGCCAGUCAGCAGAGCCUGGAGCUAGACGACCAGGACACCUGCGGGAUAGACGGAGACAACGAGGAGGAGAAUGAGCAUAUGCAGGGCAGUCCGGGGGGAGAUUUGGGGGCUAAGAGGAAGAAGAAGAAGCAGAAGAGGAAGAAAGAGAAGCCAAGCUCAGGGGGAGCCAAGUCCGACUCUGCCUCUGACUCUCAGGAGAUAAAGAACCCUGGCUUACCCAUUCAGAAGCUGCAGGACAUCCAAAGAGCCAUGGAGCUGCUGUCCUGCCAGGGUCCAGCCAAGAGCAUCGACGAGGCAGCCAAGCACAAGUACCAGUUCUGGGACACUCAGCCUGUGCCGAAGCUCAAUGAGGUGGUGACGAGUCACGGGCCGAUAGAAGCAGACAAAGAAAACAUUAGACAGGAGCCAUAUUCCUUACCUCAAGGCUUUAUGUGGGACACUCUGGAUCUCAGCAAUGCAGAUGUACUGAAGGAGUUGUACACAUUGUUAAAUGAGAACUAUGUGGAGGAUGACGAUAACAUGUUCAGAUUUGAUUAUUCACCAAACUUUCUCAAAUGGGCUCUGCGUCCCCCCGGCUGGUUACCACAGUGGCAUUGCGGAGUGAGAGUGUCCUCAAAUAAGAAGCUCGUUGGCUUCAUCAGUGCCAUCCCUGCAGAUAUACGCAUCUAUGACACACUGAAGAGGAUGGUCGAAAUCAACUUCCUGUGUGUCCAUAAGAAGCUGCGUUCAAAGCGUGUUGCUCCAGUGCUAAUCAGAGAGAUCACACGGAGAGUGAACAUAGAAGGAAUAUUUCAGGCAGUAUACACAGCAGGAGUGGUGCUGCCUAAACCUGUAUCCACAUGCAGGUACUGGCAUCGUUCUUUGAACCCCAGAAAGCUUGUGGAAGUUAAAUUCUCCCACCUGAGCAGAAAUAUGACGCUGCAAAGAACCAUGAAACUCUACAGAUUACCAGAUAGCACCAAGACCCCAGGUCUGCGGCCGAUGGAGAGGCGCGACAUCCGCCAGGUCACCGAGCUGCUACAGAAAUUCCUGAGACGUUUCCAGCUUGCACCAUCUAUGGGGGAAGAGGAGGUGGCUCACUGGUUUUUGCCACAGGACAACAUAAUUGACACAUUUGUAGUAGAGGGUGCUGGUGGUGUACUGACAGAUUUCACUAGUUUCUACACUCUGCCCUCGACCGUGAUGCAUCACCCUCUCCAUAGGAGCCUGAAGGCUGCUUACUCUUUUUACAACGUUCAUACACAAACCCCACUACUGGACUUAAUGAAUGAUGCACUGAUCCUGGCCAAGCUGAAAGGUUUUGAUGUGUUCAAUGCCUUGGAUCUAAUGGAGAAUAAGGUGUUCCUGGAGAAGCUCAAGUUUGGCAUAGGAGAUGGAAAUCUGCAGUAUUACCUCUACAACUGGAAAUGUCCCCCUAUGGACCCCGAUAAGGUUGGCCUCGUCCUUCAGUAGCAGCUCUCUUCACGGCUGCUACACAAACACUGAUCAGGAGGUCGUUAGCGACCUCCGUCUAUUCCUUACCUGGACAUACAGGUAGCCCAAGCUAGACAAUGAGAACCACAACAGUAAAACCAACCUGGGAGACUGGGAGACGGUUCAAGAACAUUCUCAGUUCACCUGGAGGUGAAAACUCUUAAAUCAUCAACAUCCUGAAUGUGAAGUCAUGCUAUGCCUGAGAUACUCAUACAGUACAACGCUCCUGACAUGCACACUCACAUUUAAAACAUACCAGUUUGACAUACAAGAGGAUGCCUUGACAUUGUGACUUUUGUUUAGUUCUUCUUCCUCAGCAGACGUUACAGGGGACUGGCAUGUCAAUUACUUUCACACUGAACUAUGUAAAUGAUAAUCAACAAGUCAACACGACCACAAUACAGAACAAUACGUUAUUGUGUCCCACUGCAGCGGCAGUAUAAGAGGGUCUUAAAGGCAUUUAAACGAGAUAUUAUUCCCAUCUCCUUCUCAUAUCAUCGUGGUCAGACGUUUCUCUGGCGGCUGUUUUGGGCCUCAGUAGAAUUAGAAAUGCUAAGAACGUGUUUCUGUGAUAGCUGACAUAUAAAAGCAUUUAGGAGAAAAAUAUCUUAACUUUUCACACACAGAAACACAUACACACACACACACUGUCAAAUAAACACACACAUAAUGGAUAUCUUCAUGGAAGGACUCCUCCAACUGGUGCAUUGAUAUACAUGUUUUUUGUUAAAAAUAUAUAGUUACCUGUACAUUUAAAGCCAGAUCAUAUUUAUUCCUGUAGUGUGAGUUCGGGGUUCGGGAGGGCUGAUCCAAAGUAUUUUCCUCAUAGGUAGUGUAGAUGUCACUGAGUUUGUUCCGACAACGUGGGUUUAAAAUGGUUUUUGAUGAAGAAUGUAUUGCGUCAAUGAAGCACAAUUUUGAGUUCCUAAACAAGCAAAAGGGUCUUUUUCUUUUUGUUUUUUUAAAGGUCAUAUUUCAAAACUGAUGGGUUGUAUUACAAACUGAACAACCUCUGUUUUUACAGGAUGUGAGCUGUUAUGUUACAAACCUGUCUCUGGAGCAGAUGCUUAACGGAAGCUCUAAGCCACACGUGUUGUUGUAUUCACUGUUCAUGUAGCUCAGAGUUUUCUGCAUGUGAAUGGUUUGUUGUUCAGUUUGCAAGGCUGUAAUAUACUGUAAGAGGCUACUAGAGUACACACAAGCAGGGCAGUGAGAGUUACAGCACCAAGACAAAUUGAAGUCUAACCAGGGUGGAUUUGAUUUAGAUUUACACAAAAUCUUAAUAGUCUGUGUUGCCCUCGAGAGACAGUUCUAUAGCAUAAAAACAUCUCACUUACUUUUAAGAAUAAUGCUCUUAAUUAAGUCUCAUUUAAAGAAACACUUCACCUGCAAAAUGACCAUUUAUUUAUCAGUUACUCACCGCAUGUUGCCUUGAACUUGAGAAGAAAUCUUUGUUUUUCUUGCAUGCCUCCAUGGCGAAUGGAGAAUCAUUAAAAGCUGAACUUUCCUCAUGAAUUGAAGUCUUUGGGGACUGCGUUUAACAACAGAAAAACUAUAUCAAACAUCCGUUAGCAAACUCUCACACAACUUGUACUGCAUAAUCCAAGUCUCGUUUAUUCAGUCAUAUACUCAGUACUUCCAAAACACAUGCCUUUUUGCAAAAAACAUGACAGUAUAAAACACUUGGCGCCCCUGAACCUGCCUCAGCACGGGUGUAUGUAUGUAUGAGCUCCACUGAAGUAGAGUUAAAGCACACAUGCCCAGGUAGGCUACUUAGCCGUGCAUGAGACUGUUUGUACCCAUGUGUUUGAAAUUGUAAUGUGCUUUGGAAAUUAUGAGCAAAUGACUAGAUAAAUGAGGCAUGGAUUAUACUGCACGAGUUGUGUGAGAGUUUGUAAACUGAUGGUUUGAUAUAGAUUUGAUGUUUUUAAAUGUGGUCGUAGAGCCAUGUGAGAAUAUCGUUUCCAACAUGCGGUGAGUAAUUGAUACACAAAUGGUCAUUUUGCAGGUGAAGUGUUCCUUUAAAGCAGCCAAGGUCUGUUUUCUUUGUUGAUUUAGUCAUUGCCUCUCACAGAGAAACUAUGACUUCUUACUUUCAGUAGCCUGUUGCAAAGCAGUGAAUAAGACGCCCCUGUGAAGCAGCUGAUUGGCCACAAGAACAACACUGAGAUGUUUCUUUUAUUAAAGUGGAAAUAGACAACUUUUCAACCCCCCCACCUCUGGUCGCUAGGGGUAGCUACCUACAGCUACUGGGGAAAACAAAAGCUCUAUGCUCUUCCUGUUUUGGUUGCGCAGUGGUUGAUGCACUUCCUUUGUGCAGUAAAGCAAGCCUUCAUUUUCGUACCCGGUGUCAGACGGAAUUGCAGAGUGCAAGCGAGGCUUUUAGGACAGUGGUUCCCAACUGGUCCAGGCACAGGGUCCAGAUUUCUCCUUAGUCAUUAGUUCAAGGUCCACACAGUAUAAUAUAUUUAGCAUCAUACUUACCUUUGGUCAUGUCCUGAGCUAGUUUGCUGUCUCUGUUAAGCACUUGUUCAUUAGUCACUCACUCUGCAGCAGGAAACAGUACUUCAAAAUAAAAGCUCUGGGCUGGAAAUUCACUGUACUUAAAAAUAGUUUGUUUUUUACAAAGUUGGUACGCUAGCAAGUCACUUGUGGACCCUCCAGUUGGAACCACUGGUUUAGGGAACCAAUCUAAGUGCAGAUCAUUCUGUAACCAUCACAUUCUGCAAUCAACAUUUGCUUCAAAAUGAUAAGUUGAAACAAAAAACGUGACUAUUUCCACUUUAAUAAAUAACCAUCAGUUCCCUGGCCUGCAGCAGGAUGUUGAAUGCGCUCUAAUCAAACUCUCAGUUAAAUAAAACAGAGCGGAGCACAA